UAUUGUGCUGAGAAGGUCCUGCUACCGCUUCUCUCAUAGUGCAGGUUACUCUGUUCGCAUAUCCCUCAAAUAGUGGGUGAAGGAUGUACCGUGUCAGUUUUCAUUGCUCUGGAUAUUCAGGAGGUAAAAUGAAAUGUCAUGGAUUAAUCCUGGAAUAGUGUUCACUGAGCAUAUCACACGUGGAAAGCACACAAAUGGAUGAACGCCUAAAAACCAAGGUGAAAGACUGAUCCAAUGAAGUGUCUCACUGAUAUAUCACAUGACAGGAAGAGACAUACCCUGGGACCACCCAUCAGGAAGAAGGAAGUGAAAGACACUGAUUGCCCAUAACCUACUUGAAGACAAGAAGCUGAUAUUCAGUCCGUGACCAGAGCCAGUGGUGUGACAUCGUACGACAGCAGUGGGACUGUGUAACAGCCAGCAUGACCCCAGCACUGGUGACCUCAUCGAAGAGCGAGGAUGGAAACCUGACCUAAAGGGAUUUCUGUCUCACCACCCUCACCAUUACACUGUUCCAGCGUGUGAGUUGACCAUGGACAAAGUGCUCCGUGGCCUGCUGCUCCUGGGAACCGUCGUGACCAUGGUCCAUGCAUGCCCCAAAUACUGUGCCUGCCAGAACCUGUCAGAGUCUCUGGGCACCCUCUGCCCCUCGAAAGGCUUGCUGUUCGUGCCCCCGGAUAUCGACCGACGAACGGUGGAGCUGCGGCUGGGUGGAAACUUCAUCCUUCGCAUCACCCAGCAAGACUUCGCCAACAUGACGGGCCUGGUGGACUUGACCCUGUCCCGAAACACCAUCGGGUUCAUCCAGCCCUUCUCCUUCUCCGACCUGGAGACCCUGCGCUCGCUGCACCUGGACAACAACCGCCUGACGGAGAUCGGGCCGGACGACCUACGAGGGCUCAUCAACCUGCAGCACCUCAUCCUCAACAACAACCAAAUGGAGCACAUUUCAGAGCGGGCCUUCGAAGACCUGGCGCUGACGCUGGAAGACCUGGACCUGUCCUACAACAACCUGCGAGGGCUGCCCUGGGGCUCUGUGCGGCAAAUGGUCAACCUGCACCAGCUCAGCCUGGACCACAACCUCAUCGACUACAUCCCCGAGGGCACCUUCACCGACCUGGAACGGCUGGCCCGGCUGGACCUCACUUCCAACCAGCUGCAGAAGCUGCCUCCUGACCCCAUCUUCGCCCGCGCCCAGGACACGGUGGUGCUCACCACGCCCUACGCGCCCCAGCUGUCCCUCAGCUUCGGUGGGAACCCUCUGCACUGCAACUGCGAGGUCCUCUGGCUGCGACGGCUGGAGAGGGACGACGACCUGGAGACCUGCGCCUCCCCUCCCAACCUGAAGGGCCGCUAUUUCUGGCACAUCGCGGAAGAGGAGUUCCUCUGCGAGCAGCCCCUCAUCACUCAACACACCCACAAGCUGCUGGUCCUGGAGGGACAGACCGCCAGCAUGAAGUGCAAGGCCAUCGGAGACCCCGUGCCCACCAUCCACUGGAUCACCCCCGACGACCGCCUGAUAGGCAACUCGUCUCGGACCGUGGUGUACGGGAACGGCACGCUGGAUAUCCUCAUCACCACGUCGCAGGACUACGGUACCUUCACCUGCAUCGCGGCUAAUCUGGCCGGAGAGUCCACCGCCACCGUGGAGCUGUCUAUCGUCCAGCUCCCGCACCUCACCAACGACACGGGCCGCCCCUCGCAGCCAAAGUCCCGGCUCUCCGACAUCACCAGCUCCACCAAGACCACCAAGGGAGAGCCUAAGGCUCAGCCGGAGAGGGCCGUGUCGGUGACGGAGGUGACCGCGGUCUCAGCCCUGGUCGGGUGGACGGUCAGCAAGGCGGCGCCCAAAGUCAAAAUGUACCAGCUUCAGUACAACUGCUCUGAUGAUGAAGUAUUGAUCUACAGGAUGAUCCCAGCAUCGAGUAAAGCCUUCCUGGUGACAAACCUGGUGUCGGGAACUCAGUAUGACCUGUGCGUACUGGCGGCCUGGGAGGACACUGCCACCACCCUGACUGCCACCAACGUGGUGGGAUGCGUGCAGUUCUACACCGGGGACGAGUACCCGCAGUGCCAGUCUCUCCGUAGCCACUUCCUGGGUGGCACCAUGAUACUGGUGGUGGGCGGGGUGAUAGUCGCCACCCUGCUGGUCUUCAUCGUCAUCCUGAUGGUGCGCUACAAAGCCGGCGAGGACGAGCCUCCAUCCAGCAAGCUGCCCAGCGUCAGUGACACCUACUCGCAGACCAACGGCGGACGCAUCCUGCGGAACGGCCUCCUUCCGGCCAAGACCAAGCCCAAGGUGACCAUGAGGAACGAGGUGGUGGAGUUCAGGUGCGGCUCUCUGCAGAGCAGCAUCUCCUCCUCCUCUUCCUCUUCAUCCUCGGACGGGCGCGGCGGUGGCGGCGAUGAUUGCAGCCGGGAGGGGACGCCGUCCGGCAAAUGGAGGACCUCCUCCUCCGCCAAGGGCUGCCCCAACCUCGACCACUUGCUGGGGGCCUUCACCUCUCUGGAGCUGCGGGGCCAGAGCAGGGACCCGGUGCCCGCCGGGGCUGGCCUGGCCGCAUCGACGGCGCCGCCGACCGACAAGGAGCCCCUGCUGGGCCGGACGAUGGACUCCACGCUCAGCAGGCUGCUCAUGCUGCCCCUGGACAGCAAGCCCAAGAGGAGCCACUCUUUCGACAUGGGCGACGUGGUCACCUGCGCUGAGGCCCCCUCGCAGUUCUCUAGCUACCCCCGGAGGAUUAGCCGCAUCUGGACUAAGAGGAGCCUCUCGGUGAACGGCAUGCUCCUGCAGUAUGACGAGGAGGGAGAGGCGGAGGGGAGCAAGGGGACUCCCGACAGCUCCGAGUGGGUCAUGGAGAGCACGGUCUGAGAGGGAAAAGCAAGGUUCGGCGUCGUGAGGAGGACAGGGAGAGGCGCGACGGGAAGACUCGGCCUUCUUAAGACGGGGUCGGGGAGGAGCCGCGUUUGACGUAAAACCCUGCUGGAGCAGUACUGUCGCCCUCUCCCGCCCCCCCCCUGUCCCUCGUCCCCAUCCCCCACUGCAUGAAGUUCAUCCAUGUUAAUCCUGUCAGCCUUCCAUCGCCAUGUGACAAAGAUUAAGUCCGAGGUCAGCCUUGCCCUAUCGCGCUGGUUGCAUCGCUGACAAAGGCCAGCUAGGAAAACUCACUGGCCUGGUGGGUGUGCGUAUAUGGGGCAGGGAGAGAGGUGGUUGAGAGAAAUGGGAGAGAACUGAAACACGCCAGGGUCAAGCUGGCACGACUGCAGGCAUUCCGGUGGAAAAACAUGUUACGCUGACGGACGUCCCCCUAUCACAGUGCUUCAGACUCUUGAUGCAACUUAAAAGCAAAUGUAAUUAAGUAAUUUUAUAUUUAUAUUUAAGUUUUCGAUUUUAUAGGAAAAAACGCACAUCAAGACAGACUGCUUAUUCCUUCUUUUGAGAUUGUUUUUCUUCACAAAAGUUGGAUUUUGUUGGCUUUCGUUAUUUUCCUGUUGGUUUCCUUUUAAUCCAUAAAGAGUUAUCGCAUGUCAAUAUGGGUCCCAUUGAAAAUUUCCCCCGGACGAUUUGUGAUUGCAAGCCCCUUUGAUGACUCCAGUGUGUGAGUGAUGAGUCAUGAUAAUUUUACUUCAGUGACAGAAGCACAGCUUUUCACUUUUCCCAAUGCUGUUUUUGUAAUACAAUGUGAAAACAUUAAGAAAGUGUCAUCAAAUGUAUGUCUACAAUAUGGAUUAAGGACUGGGAUAUAUUAACAGAUUUUAAAACAAACUCAAUCAUGGGAAAUUACAAAAUUGUAACAUCUGGAUUUUAUUUUUCCUAAAAUUAUCAUAUUUAAGAUCACACAUAUUCAAGGCAUUAUACUAGCUUCUCAUGGACUACUGACUACACCUGAAGACUACACAGACACAAAAUACAAUUAUAAGAAUUAUGAUUGGUGAUCACUGGUGAUUUUUGAUCAUGGCACUUUAUACAAAAUGUCAUAUGUAAGAAAUGAUAAUUUAUAUUUUCUAAUCAAAAGAAUUUCUUUUUUGAAAUCUAAUGAUUUUUUUUUUAUUUUGUACAAAACUUUUAUGAACACAAUUCUAUCAGAUACAAUACAAAUAAAUCCCAGAUGUCAGUUGCUGAAAAUAUAUAAACAUAAGAUUGUAUUACUUACAUUAUGCAUUCAUACAUAGGCACGUACAUACAUUCUGUACACAUAUACAUCGAUAUUUAUUUAGUGAUGUACAAGACUUAUUCAUGGACACAAAGCAUAUUUAAGCAAAUAUUAAAUAUGUUUUGUUUGUAUAUUUGCCAAUUUGUUGCAAGUGGGAGCAACAUCUGAUUUGUGGCAAUAUUAAGUGACCCAGUCCGUUUGCCACUUUCUGUGGUUUCUCUGUGGUCUCUCUGUUUAUUAUUUUUCUUGUACAGUUCUGUAUAUUCACAUUUUUGUAUGAUAAUUGAAUGGGAGUGUAUGAUGGGGAAACUAGUCGUAUUUUAAUUUUCUUGUUCAGCAAAAAGUAAAAAAGUGCUUAAACUGUAUUGUUACAGUACAGCCUGUCGGUGUGUGUGUUCUCAUCUGGAGUUGUAGAAAAUGU